AUGCUUGGUGGGGGAAACGAUGGCACCAGAGGGAAGCCGGUUCUAAGGCAAAAAACGUUGAACUCCUUCUUUAUUGCAGCGAAAAAGACGGAGGCUAGAGUCCCACCAUCCGCCGUUGCUACUAAUGCUAGUCUGCCUCCAAAAGUGACGAAAUCGGAUAGUCUUUGCAGCAUAUCUCGAAAAUCAGCUCUGUUUGAUUCGCAAGGGUCGUUUGAUGAGAGCGAUCUUGACUCAGAACUGAAGAAACUGAUAAAUCCUCCCAAGCUGAACAACCUUAAGAAAGGUCCAGUGCUGAAAAGAGCCCCUCUUCAGAAAUCUGAAAGCUUCUUGGGAACAAGCCAGGGCGAGUGGGAUGUUGGCUCUCAAAUGACGAGCUCUCUCUCUUCGAGCACCUCUUCCUUUUCGAGUGAAGACGGUGGUACAGGGUCGCUGAAAAGGUCCUUGCCUCCACGACCACUCCAAGGGCUCAAAUUAAACGCUUCGAAACGAAUUAGACCUCUGACACGAAAGUUAUCCAAUGUCGGCAAGGCUGAGGCGACUAUUAGUCUGACUGAAGAACAGCAGACGGUUCUUGAUCUUGUCCUGAAGAGGAGAGCGAGCGUUUUCUAUACUGGGUGUGCUGGCACUGGAAAGUCCAUUAUCCUGCGAACUUUAAUUGCGAAAUUACACGGCUUGUACGGGAAAGAAGCCAUCGCUAUCACGGCAUCGACGGGGCUUGCCGCUGCUACGAUUGGCGGCACCACAUUGCAUAAAUGGUCUGGCGUUGGAAUAGGCACUGGAACCGGGGACCAGCUUGUCAAGCGGCUCGAGAAGCAGCAUAACCAGUUGGCGGUUUGGAGGAAUACUAGGGUUCUUAUCAUUGAUGAGGUAUCUAUGAUCGACGGCCACUUGUUGGAUAAGCUUGAGCUCGUGGCAAGACGUUUGCGGAAGAAUGAAAAACCUUUUGGCGGUAUCCAGCUGGUCCUAACUGGAGAUUUCUUCCAGCUGCCGCCGGUACAGAAAAGAGACUCUCAGCAGGGCGAGAUGGCCGUCUUUUGCUUUGAAAGUGAAAUGUGGAAGACAUGUAUCCACCGAACAAUUCUUUUGACAAAGGUCUUCAGACAGCAGGAUGACGAGCUGGUCUGCAUGCUGAACGCCAUCCGGUUCGGCGAAGUCACUCCGCAGCUCACCCAAACCAUCAGAUACCUAAGCAGAGCAGUCUCGUAUCCGGAUGGAAUUGCUCCAACGGAGCUUUAUGCCACGCGGAGAGAGGUUGAAAGUUCAAAUGCCAGGCAACUAGCCUCACUACCGGGCGAGGCCUAUCGAUUCCAUGCCGUAGACGCGGCUCCCAAAGAAUACGUGACGCUACUGGAUUCUUCGCUCAUGGUUGAGAAAAUAGUCACUCUGAAGGUCGAUGCCCAGGUGAUGAUGCUGAAGAAUAAACCUGAAUCAGAGUUGUUCAACGGCUCUCUGGGCAAAGUCCUGUUUUUCAUCACAGAACGACUGGAGAGAGUCAUGAAAGAAUUCUACCGUCUAGUCGACGAUGACGUGAUCCUGGACAUGAGAAUAGUUAGCCGCGCCAUUGGCAAUCCGCUAAUCAUGGAGUCGCUAGAUUUCAAGCAAGAUCUCAACAGCAGACCAAUGUCGAGGCUUCCUGCGCUGGAGACGAUGAUCAACCAUGCUAAAAAAACUUCCUCCAAGGAGCCCGUUUAUCCCUAUGUUAGGUGGUCCCUAGACAACAAUAACAGGUUCCACCACGAAUUAAUGCUGCCAGAGCGUUUCCCAGUUGAUCUACCGGGCGCCAAGACCGGUCUAGAGCGUAACCAACUCCCGUUAAUGCUCUGUUGGGCCCUGUCAAUUCAUAAGGCGCAAGGACAAACGAUACAAAGACUGAGGGUCGAUUUAAGGAACAUAUUCGAAGCUGGCCAGGUCUACGUCGCUCUCUCGCGUGCUGUCUCAAAAGACACUCUACAAGUGUUGAACUUCAAUCCGAAGAGGAUUAGAGCCAAUGAAAAGGUCAAAGAAUUCUACAGAAACCUCGAAGUGCUAUCCUGA